AUGAGUACGACGUACAACCUCGAGCCAAACCCGACCGCCAAAGUCGUCCUGCACACGACCACCGGCGACCUCGAAAUCGAGCUCUUCGCCAAGCAGACGCCCAUCACCUCGCGCAACUUCCUGCAGCUGUGCCUCGAUGGCUACUACGACAACACCGUCUUCCACCGCCUGGUCAAGGGCUUCAUCAUCCAGGGCGGCGACCCGACGGGCACCGGCCAGGGCGGGGAGAGCAGCUACGAUGGCGAGCCAUUUGCGGACGAGUUCCACAGCCGGCUGAAGUACACGAGGCGAGGCCUGCUGGGCAUGGCCAACACGGGGAAGAAGGACGACAACGGCAGCCAGUUCUUCUUCACGCUGGCGGCGACACCAGAGCUGCAGGAGAAGAACACCAUGUUUGGCCGGGUGGCAGGCGACACCAUCUACAACCUAAUGAAGAUGGCCGAGGCCGAGAUACGGGACGGAAGCGACGAUCAGCCCAUGUAUCCCACCAAAGUCACAGGCGCCGAGAUCAUCAUCAACCCAUUCGAGGACAUGGUCAAGAGGGUCCAGGUGGCUGCGCGCACAGAGCCAGAGACGAAGAAGCCCAAGAAGCCCAAGAGGAAGGCCGGCAAGAACGUGCUCAGCUUUGGCGAUGAUGCAACCGAGGCUGACUCAGCGCCCAUUGCGAAGAAGCCCAAGUUCAACACCAAGCUGGUCAGUGCAGGUGAGGAAAAGCCCAUGUCGAAAGCACCCGAGGAGACGAGAGAAAUACCCAUACGCAAGCCAUCCCGAAAAUCGCCGCCGAGGUCUCCGUCACCCAAACCCGCUCCAAAAGCCGCGCUCAGGUCGCCACCCAAGCCCAAAGCCAGAACUCCACCACGCGAGCUUUCGCCUGAAUCUGAGAAACGAUCGAAACUAGACCGUGUGAACCAGCAGAUCGCCGACCUCAAGGCAUCCAUGAAGCGAAACACCUCCGCCCAAGAUACAGGGCUGGCCAAAAAGAAGUCGCUAUUAGAGGCCAUGGUGCCAACAUCCACAACACGAGGAAGGAAGCGAGGGGCUGGUGGCAACGCAAAGGACGAACAAUCUGCACUGGACAUCCUCUCCCGAUUCAAGUCGAAACUGGAAUCAGCCGACUCCACCACAGCCCCCAAGACCGUCACAUCAACACUGCCCGAGGAAGCAACCAAUGGCAAAUCCAAUGGAGAUGCGAAUGGAGCCAAUGAUGAAGACGAGGCUGCAUGUGACCUGCAUUUCAUAGUAGGCUGCCAGUCUUGCAAAGCCUGGGACAAGCAGGAUGAAGAGGAGUCAGAUGACGACGCGGGAUGGAUGUCACAUUCGUUGAGUUUCGCAAAAGACAGAUUAGGGAAGGAUCUCGAGUGGAAGCGGAAGAACGAAGAGGAGCUGUUGGUCAUUGACCCAAGAGAGGAGGCGAAACGACAUAAAGCUGAAGGUAAAAAGGCCAGGAGAUGA